AUGGACGGCAGCAAUCACCAGCGCCAACGCCGCUUCCCUCGGCCGCGUCUAGGAUCACGAGGGCGUGCACACACGACCAGCAACAUGGUGGAGUUGGAGACACUUUCCGCGUUCUCGGCCUUGGAGCGGCGUGCCGUGAGUCUUUCACAGGACGAGGUCCAGGUUUGCGUGCGACUCGCCGAGCUUCUGCUGGCCGACACACUCAAGGCGUAUGAAGGCCACUCGGUCAUUGGUCAUCGUCAGCCACAGGUGGAUCUCCAGCAGUGGAAGCUCAUUAAGAAGAAAGACCAACUCUGCGUCUUCAAACAAAAGAAGGAGACAGUCAAGGCCGUGACCACGAGCCAGCAGCAACUCGAUCAGUGUACGGCCAACGAGACAGACCUACCGCUUCUCAUGGUCACCGGUUACGUGGCUGGCCGUGUCAAUGACGCCAUGUACGGUCUGGUUAGCUCCAACACGCGCUCCAUGAAGAUUAAUAGUGCGUAUGCUGACGACGCCCUCGAUGACGCAGAAGUGUUGGCCACGAUUGAGAGCCCGAGUAUAGAGGAACCUUUUCGGUUCCUUGGCCUCAAAUGGGCCGUUCGCCGCGACGCCAUGGCCAAGCGACGAGACCUGCUUUAUCUGGAGGCCACGGGGGUUACCAAGAUGGCGAACGGAGACCGAGUGGGCUACCGUGUCAUGCACUCAGUGAGCAUCAAGGCGCUGACCCUGCUAGCCACUACGAGCAUUUCGUCCUCGGUCAUUCGUGCUCGUACUUCGUUUGUGCAAUUAUUCCACCAGCAGCCUUCGUCCGAGGUCUCUGCUGGCCUUACUGGCACGCUGAACGUGUUCGCUAGAGGAUACUACGACCCUCAAGGCGGCAUGAUGCAGUUCGUGGCUGUCAACACUGGAGCAGAACUUUUGCUGCACAUGACCUUCUCCGUAGUCGACUGUGCGCACCUUAAGAAGAUCGCCUUCGCGGCGCACCAAGCCGGCUGCCGGCGCAGAGCAAGCCAGCUGAACAAAACCGCCUAUGGUGAUGGAGGCAUGAUUGGCAUCGAAGAACUAUGCGAUGAAGACACUGAUACCAUUUUGGGCGAUGGAGCCUGGUCAACUAACUGCUCACUGUGUGAUCGUCGAGUUGGCCAUCUACUCAACCGAAGCGGAACACCCUGCGCUAUUUGCGCCAAGAUGGUGUGUUCACGCUGCAGUGUCGUCAAGAAGUUGCGCUUUUUACGAAGUGAAUACAACAAUUUACCUUUGAACAGUGGCGUGGACCUGGGCGGAAGUAUGGGCGUACGCGACUUUGACCGACCCGAGGCGUCCCGAGCGUCCACGGAGCGAAGUCGGAGUCGUAGCAGCAGUAGCAGUGGCGCCAGCAACAUGAACGCCAUUUGCCAGAAGCCAGUCAAGUUCUGUUUGCCGUGUGUUUUGCGUGCCAACCAGCGCAAUGCCUCGCAGAUCGUGGUGGAGGAGAUUCUAGGGCAGACAAGCUUUGGCCUCGUCACUCCUCAAAGCACAAUGAACCGCCCAAGCAGCCGAUCUCGUCCGUCGUCCAUACGUCGGCGGUUGACUCAGACUGGACGUCCGUACAAUUCCCGCUCGUCGCAGGCCUCUAACGGCUCGCAGCAUUUCUCGCAUUACGCGGCAUCUCCUUAUUAUCAGCCGCGUCAGAAGGCCUACAGCACUGCUGCUCGUGCGCGCUUCGGAGCAGAAGCGUUCCUAAACAUGGCGGUCCCGCUGUCUCGUGUCCUAGUGGCGGCGCUGCUUGCCGGUAGUCUGGGCCGCCGUGGCCUCAAGAAGCAGUCGCUGGAUGUGUCAGGCGCGGCCGCUGCCUGCUUUGUGGGCUUCUUCACACUCGCGUCGGGCUACCGCUUCGGUCUGUUGUUGCUCGGUUUCUACUUCUCCGGCAGCAAGCUCACCAAAGUGCGAGCCAGCGUCAAGCAGCAGCUCGACGCCAACUACAAGUCCGGCGGCCAGCGGUCAGCACGUCAAGUACUGGCCUGCAGCCUACUCGCCACUUUCAUCGCCGUCUACGCCGUCGUCCGGUUCGGGGAUGACGAGGUGGCCCUCGAUUUUAAUAGCUCCCCGGAGCGCAGCUACCUACUGGCCAGCUUCAUCGGACACUACGCAUGUUGCGCGGCCGAUACGUGGGCGUCCGAGCUUGGCGUUCUCAGCAAAAGUGAACCGAGGCUUAUCACUACGAUGCGACGGGUACCGCCCGGUACCAACGGCGGCGUGUCCAUGCUGGGUCUGACAAUGUCGGCCUUGGGUGGGGCCUUCAUCGGCGCACUGUACUACGCCGGUAGUCUGCUGUCUGAGACGGCGCAGCUCCAGGUCAUCACGCUGGGUGCCGUAACGGGGCUCUUCAGCUCCAUACUCGACUCGGUGCUCGGCGCAACAGUGCAGGCCACGUACUUCGACCGCUCGUCGCGUAAAAUCUGCGAUGAAUUUGCGUCGCAAGUUGACGUCGAGCACGUGUGUGGUAUCGAUCUACUGAGCAACGAGCAGGUGAAUGUGGUGUCCGUGCUAGCGACGACAGCGAUCAGCGGCGGCGUGGCCACAUAUCUGUUCCCGUGAGCAAUAUUGAGGUCUUACUCAGUCUUUAGGAGAUGCAGUUGUUUAACGCUUGAAAAACUUGCUCUGCAAGGCUUGCAGCAUUAAACACGGGAGAGGGCGGUCAACUCGAAAUGGCCACGCCCCAAGU